CUUGCCUUUAUUUCCCUCUGUAACGUGUCUGAGGGAGCUAUAAGCUCACAGCCUAAAUGUCAGCUUUAGUUCACCAUAUUCACACGCCGCCCUGCGCUUUUGUCCACUAUUUUUUUUACAUUUGACUUUUUUAAAGAGAGUAUUUUCUUUUAAAGAGACUUAAAUGUCGUUUUUUGAACUCGUUGCUUUUGAAAUGGGAGAGGGAUUACAGAGGGAAUCUCGCCGCCAUCCCGGAUGCUGCUGCUGAGUGCCAUGAUGAAGUUGGUGCUGGAGGACUGAUGCCUUUCUGAGGAGCUUCUUCUCCAGCCACUGAAAAGCUUUUCCUCACUCAUCUGUCACUGCAAACCCGUCGUUUUAUUAGCAUACGCGGGACCCAUCUCACUAUCUUUCUCUGUCUGCUAUCAAUCUGCGAGUAGCCUGUCUACUCCAGCUGAUAUUAAAGCACUGAAUAGUGGUUUACACCGAAUAAACGUGCUGUUUUUCUCACUAAUGCCGCGACGUCUGUCAGUUAGGAUGCUUCUUCUCACAAGGCAAACAAAGCGCCUCGUCGGUCAGCAGUCCAUUUCACUGAGUGGCAUCUAAUCGAAAAUACACUGACAGAGACGUGGGACAACGAGACAACUUCUGAAAGUACAAUUAAGCAAAAGGUAAAGGUGGUCAUCAGGACUCAUGGCUGCCAUCGAGACUGUUCCCAGUUACAGCCCUUCAAUAUGGGUGCAGAUGUGCCACGCUCUCCCUCGCUUCGAUCUGACCAUGCAGAUGCGAGACAACGUAUUCACGCCUGACAGCUGGGAAUACCAACAGACUCUCCUGGUUCUCUCCAGUCUUUCAGCCAUCGCUCUCAUCCUCUCGCUUCUUGUCGUCCUGUCCUUCCUUAUUCACUACUGCUGCUGUCACCGCGGUGAUGCGGGCAGGGAUGAGGAAGAGGAAGAUGACGAUGCCAGUGGUGGCCAUGGAUACGGCGGCAGGAAGGGGCGGCGCAUCUGCUGUGUCACAUGGGUGUCUGUGGCAGCUGUGACACUGUGCUGUGUUGCAAUAGGCUUUGGUUUCUACGGUAACAGCGAGGCAAACGAUGGGAUGUAUCAGUUGACCUCGUCUCUGCUCACUGCCAAUCACACACUGGCUUCCGUCGAUAUGCUGGUUUCAGACACCAUAACAGCACUGCAGCAAUCCAUCUCAGGCCCCCUGACCUCACUGGAGAAUGUGUUUGGAGGGAAUAAACCCGCUCUGGUGUCCACUCGCUCCUGCAGACGUCUCUCUGAGCGUGUGAUAUCCCUUCUCUCCUCCCUUACACUAGGAAAGGGGCUGAGCUCUAUCACUACUAAUGCAAGUGAUGGCAUGGUGGGGGUUGUGACCCCUGUUCUCCCCUCUAUACCCCAGGCUGUGACCUCAAGUUCAAACAGUGCCGCUGCACCCUUCUCCCCAGGGUGGGCAGCUAGCACACUCAUGGUGAAUGAGGACUACAGGUGGCUCUCCUAUGUACUGCUUCUCCUUUUGGAUCUGGUGGUGUGUCUCUUUAUUCUGCUAGGCUUGGCCAAACAGGCCCGAUGGCUCCUCAUUCUGAUGACAGUACUGGCCUGGUUGGCUUUGUUUUUGAGUUGGGGUUCUCUUGGCCUGGAGACAGCCACAGUGGUGGCACUCAGUGAUUUUUGCUUUGACCCAAACACAUUUGUUCUCAACUCUACACACUUUAAUGCCGGGACAAGUGCAGAAAUCCUGGAUUACUACUUGACCUGCAGCAGAAAAAUGACCAGCCCCUUCCAGCAGCUGCUGACCCAGUCCCAGAGAGCUUUGUCUAGCAUUCACUCCCACCUCUCCAGUUUAGAGAGAGAUGCUCUCCCACGCUUCCCCAAAGCAGAUAAGCCGCUGAGGGAGGUGCAGCAGAUGCUCAACUCUACUGAGGGAAAUUUCCACCAGCUAGUGGCGCUGCUCAACUGCCGAAGUCUCAACAAGGACUACAUUGACUCUCUGAAAGGCCUGUGCUAUGAUGGGAUGGAGGGAUUGCUUUAUCUCUCACUGUACUCAUUCCUCUCUGCUCUGGCUUUCACAGCCAUCCUCUGCUCCCUUCCGGGAGCCUGGAGGAGCUUUUCCAGAGACUCAGAGGAGUAUGACGACUCGGACAGCGAGAGCGAGGACCCCUUCACUUCCCAUCAGGCACGUAGACAGAUGGCCAGGGGGUCCCAGCGUGGGGCCUUGUCCCCCUUCUAUAGUUACCAGGGGGCUGGCUGGACAUCCCCCUUUUCUAGUGCACCUCCGUUGCCGACUCCAAACACUUCCUCCAGUGGCAACCCUGGUUAUGAGAGCCUGCCUCUGAGUGACAGGCAGUCCCCACCCCCCUCUUACAGUACUCUCCCAGCAUGCUGACAGGCUAUACGGGUAGUCAAUCACACCCCAACCCUGCCCAUUCAAGGAACCUGUACUCACGCUAAUUUUAUGUAUAGUAUUACAAAAAUUAUAUAUAUAUAGCAAAUAUUUAGUUUUAAUAUGGAUGGACACUUUACUGAGAGACUAAUUUAAAAGUCAUUGGAAUACUAGAUGUGUAAAACAACUGUGGAACGUCAGGACCACUGAGAUUUAAUAAGAAGAAACAAAAUGAAAGUUAAAAUAUCUGAGUUGUGCAAUACACAAUUUCCCCUUCAACCUGUUCAGUGUCGUGUUUACUGGAGACAGGAAACAGGAUGGUACUGACGUUACCAGAUUGAUGUUACUUUAUUAUUCUAUUUUUAAAUGUAUUACUACUUUGUUUUGGAGUUUUUAUAUUGUAUACUAGGUCACAAACACAUGAGAAUAAUGGCACAAUUUUUUUCUGUAUGAAGCUUAAUGGGCACUGGAUUUUUUUUUUAAUGUUUUCUAAAUAUUUGACUGUACCUUUUUUUCAAUUAUUGGCAAUUGUGUAUUACCUUGUAUACCCUCUGAUACUAUAUAAUAUACAAUAUUACUAUAUGAUACAAAUAUACUGUAUAUUCACUGUAAAUUAUGUUUGAGUGUUGCACUUUGAUGCUUAAAAUAAGAACAAUAUGAAAAUGGCAACAAUAAAGAGAGAUCUACAGUUUCUCUAGCCUCUGAGCUGGCUACGUAUGGAAAUAAAAUUCCUGACAGCAUUGCAGCAAAACAACCUCUGCCAUUGACUGCAGUGCAGUAGCCAUAAUGUACACAGCAAUAAUACUGUUUUCUUAACUGAUGAAGCACACAUCUGCAAAUUAGGGGUAAUGUUCUGAAAACAGUGUGUCUGUAGUAGUUACUUUAUAGCAAUUCAGCUUAAAAUUGAUUUUUAAAAAAAAUCACUUCUUAGAAACAUCAUUAGGUUAUUUCCUAAUAACCUAAUAAAAAUAUAAUAUAAUAUAUAAAUAUGUAAGAUAUUAAUAACAAUAGUGUAACUUGUAGUUUGUCCAUCUAAUAAAAAUCAUAAUUUAUUUGCCAUAUAGACAUGAGAAAGAUAAAAUUACUGUAAAAUAUUCAGUAGUCCAAUGCACAAAAUUGUGCAAAUGUGCCUAUUUUUACAUUUACGUUUCUAAAACUUAUUACUUUUUUAAAUAAUACUGUGCAGGUCAAUAAAUGAAAAAUUUAAUGAUCUACAUUUUUUUGGCCUGAUAAUGUCAGUCCCAACCAGACAAGGUAACUCUCAAGAUAAUUUUUUUGUAACAUCAGAAGUUAUAGUGAAGCUUUUUGUUCACAAAGAUUUGUGAUAAAUGUGCUGACUAAUUUAAGUGUAUCCACCCUAAUUUGCAGGAUUGUUCUCUCACUUGAAACAAGUAAGAAACAAACACUGUGUAUUAUGUUUGUGUGGGUGAUACAGGGUCUUCUUGAUAUGUUCUGUGUGUAUGUAUGCACAUAUAAAUAUACUCAAUUUGCCAUUGCAUUAAUCCUGCCCUUUCCUAUCCACUUAUUAAUCCAAUAGCCCUGUGUUUCUAUGAUUUUAAUGCUCCUUUGAAUGGCCUACUUUUUCACUACUGAAACUAAAUAUGAAUAAAAUAAAACUAACAAAGAUGAAAUAACUAGACCCUUGUGUGUUCUGUGGCCUGAUGUAGAAACAAAACAGUAAUUUGCAAAGUUCUAAUUUAAUUGUCAUAUCACUACUCCAACAUUGGUUAAUUAAAGUUUAAAUAAACUACCAAACCAUUGCCAUUUGAGUUCUGUUAUGGGAAUGACACCAGAAUUUAAAACGUUUAAACGUUCUAAAAAGCUACAAUAAAAAAGGACUUACCAAAUAACCUAACACAGCGUGGCACCAUAAAAAUCAGCUAGAUUGUUAUUGUGGUCAUUUUUUGUGAAGAUAUACUGUACUUUCUUACUAGACAUUUCAGUAUGAAUUACCGUUUACUCUUUCCUUAAGCACAGUUAGCUGAUGCAUGGUCAGAAGAGUGGCCUAUAAGAGUGCCUUAUGGUUGAGGCCACCGAGCAUGAUGAGGUACUUGCUCAAUGAUGUGGACAUAGCAGAAGAAAUGCUGAUUUGGACUAGAAGCCAUAACUUGUAAUUCACAACCUCUGACCAGUAAAAACUUAAGAAAUCAAGUCCAACAAAUGACAUCAAAUCAACAUGGCUGCACGCAGCGUCAGCAGUAAACAAAGUAGCAGUUCUUACCUUUAAAUGAAUAAUGCUGUAUGUACAAUUAUUUGCUUUAGAUCAAUGUUUGCUUGUUAAAUCUAUAACACUGACUAUACAGUUUGCUGUUUUGAGGAGGAAAAUAUAUAUCACUCAUCACUGUUAGCUGGCAAAUGUGUUGGUAACAAAAAAAAUAGCAUGAACGCGUCCAUGGUUGUUUUGUACUUUGUAGUGCACAGAAGUUGAAAAUGAUGUCAUACUGAGCUCCAACUUCCCACUUGUGAGGUAAGUCAAAUGCAGCAGAAGCCACUGCUUUCCACCCUCAGAAGGGUCAUGGGGAGAACUAAGCAAUGGGUAGCAAUUGGCAAGGAAUAAAUUUGGGUAUAAUUGGGGUAGAAUCCCCCCCCACAAAAAAAAGCAUGUUUCUGAGGACAAUUAUUGGCAAGAGUGGGUCAUGUGGUCAGAGUAGCAAGCCUCUCUAGACCUUCCCCAGGAUGAGCCCAUGCCCACAGACACAGGACACCACUCCACUGCUGGGGGAAAACCAGUUUCUUCAGCCUUUAUACAUUCAAAUUGGCCCAAGUUAGUGUAGUUUGUCCUUAUGUGAAUAAUGGAAACUUUAGAUAGAUCACAACUUCUCAGGUUUUGACAAGCUGCUAUGAGACUUGCUGUAGAAGGAUCACAUAGCAUGCCCCACUCAAUAAUCAAUAUUCCAAAUGCAUGGCAGAAGAUAGGGCUCACUCCAAACAUACGGAAUGCAGAAUCACUCUUUUGUUCUGCUUAAGCAGGUGAACAGCCUCUGUAAAUGGUAAUAGGUCCUUGAUCAGACAAUAUUUCUUCAUCUAGGAUGGCCUCCCUUAAUGACUUGUCAUGCACUGGGGGGACCACACUGAGCUGCUGGUGCUGGAAAAAGGCAAAGAACAUUAGCAUCAUUCAUUUGGUCCACCCACACAUUCAGUUGCCACAUGGGAGGAGACAUAUCUUGGACUGAUUCCACUGUCCGUCCCUUGAUGGUGUGGAACUUCAGCCAGAGAUGAGCCACCUACCGGCAGAACUGCCAGCAGCUCUAAACAUUAUGAAGGUGUCCUUCAGGUUCACUGGGUGGACCUGGUCAGACCACUGCUUGAUACCAGAAGUACACAUCCAUAGUAGUGGAUUAUGUUAUGCACUAUACAGAGGCAGGAGCCCUACGCCAAGCUGGCUUCAGAGCUAUUGCCAUGGAACUAUUCCUCUUCUCUAGAGACAUAAAGAUCCCUAAAGAAAUUUUGACAGAUCAAGGCAACUCUUUAAUGUCCUGCUUGAUGGCAGAACUGUAUAUACUUCUUCAGGUAAGCUACAUGCAGGAUUCAUCACACAUACGAGAGAAUUUAUAUCUUGCGUGCAAAACCCUGCAAAUUCUUGAGCGAUUGUCCUUACCCCAAUCUGCAUUGCAAGUUCCUGAUCAGGUAAUAAGUCCCAUAUACCAUCACAGAAAAGGUGGGUUCAGUGACCAUCCAUGUAAUUCAGCCAGGCCAUAGAAGAGGUGAGCAAAUGUAUUUUAAAAAAAUAAAUAAAUAAAUAAAAAUAAAAAAUGGACUGAAAAUGUGUCUAGCCCAGCUGUUUGUUACAAAGCCCGGAUGGAUUCCUCAGGUUUUGCAAUGAAGAUCAGUAAGGUGUACCAGUUUGACACCUACCCCACUAUUUCUUUCGUUGCCUUGUUUUCCUCUAUGGUGCUAUCCCUCUAGCCUGUUGCAGAGGAUCUUGUGGCCUGUACAAUCUGCCACAGAUGCCCCCUGAUCAUGAGUUUGUGUCUUGAGUGUUUUGGUUCAUUGCUAAGUUGCCAGCUAUUGACCAUGUGAUGUUUAUGCUGUAUUUGACAAGAGGUCAUAACUCGUCAUUCCUGACCUCUGACCAAGAAGAACCAAAGAAAACACCUUCUCAACUCAGAACUCCUACACGAGAACUCGGAAUGGUCUCCUUAACUCUGAGUUCCUCCGAGAUCAGCAAGUGACAUCAAAUCAACAUGGCUGUGCACAGUAUCAACAGUAAACAAAGUAGCACUUCUUACCUUUAAAUGAAUUAUGCCAUAUAUACAAGUAUUUGCUCUAAAUCAAUCAACAUACAGACAUAUUAAAUCUAUAACACUGACUAUACAGAAUGCUGUUUUGAGGAGGAACAUAUAUAUCACUCAUUACAGUUGCUAACAAAAGAUGAACAUUUUUUGGAUUGCCUUUUUGGAUUGAAUGCACAGAGGCUGAAAAUGACAUAAUUCCGAGUACCAACUUCCCAACUCCGAGGCAGGCCAAAUGGAGAUUUACAACUCUGUAGGAGCCAUAGCCCAUUUACACAGUGUCCCAAAUAUAGCCAACUACAAAAAUCUUUAAAAAUGCAUGUAAUUUUAAAUAAAGUCAUUAUGCCUAGCUACUUGGUUGCUUGAAAUCUGGAGCUUUUCCAAAGUCUGCAGGCCGGCAGUAUGACCAUUUUCAGCUCCUUCUUGUUUCUAGGGCUUUUUACCUUUAGCACAAUCAAUGGAGAUUUUUUGGGCAAGUGAUUUAGAGCCCGGAACGUUCCGCAUGUGGGGAACCACAUAGAAAAAGUGCUAUGAUUCCAACAUCAUUCAUCCAAUUUGGAUGUAAAGCUGAAAGUCUGCACUUUGAGAUCAUUAUUUUAAUUUCAACUCCAAUGUACACUGGUAGACAGAUAAAAUAACCAUAAUGUCCAAUUAUACCUGUAUAUAAAGACUCACUUACACAUGCUGAGAGAAAACACAGCUGACUGCAGAUGUGCAGAAAUUAACUAAAUUUAAUUAAAUUUAAUUAAUUAAAUUUUUAAUUACUAAUCGACCGGACUGUUCAUAAAUACAUGGCACUAGUGCAAGCACUGUGCAGACUACAGCAAACACAGACUGACGAAACAGCACUUCCUUUUUUAAAUAACAGUCAAUUUAUUAGUGAAUAUUUAAUUCCACUUGUAUCCUCUGAGAUGUGAACAAACUGAGAA